AUGUCGGUAAACUGCACAAUUCUCCGAAGACUCGUUUGUCAUCCUCAUUUGGAACGCAACGCACCGGCACUCGGUCCGCCACGGCCCACAAAGAGAUCUCGUCACGUGCUGCGCGCGCCCUCUGGUUUUUGGUUUUGGAUUCUGUCAUGCUCGUUUAUCUCGUUCCCUCUCGUUCCUGUGCGCGUUUCUUUUUUCCACCAUAUAAGCCCGCGUUUUCGUCUCAGCCCAUCAAGCAUGAGUUUGUCUUCAGUAUACCAUGAUUACAGCCUGUUCACUAACGGGACAACUUUUGCUGAUGCAUACUCCAAUUUUGCUCAGCUUCCUCAGUUGAACGUUUUGGAAAAAAUUUGGGGUGCUUACUAUUAUUAUAUGGGAAAUGAUGUGUUUGCAACUGGUCUUCUUUUCUUUUCCGUUCAUGAAUUCAUGUACUUUUUCCGGUGCUUACCAUGGGCCAUAAUUGACCGUAUCCCUUACUUCAACAAGUACAAGAUCCAGGAAACCAAACUUCCUUCUAAUCAGGAACAAUGGGAAUGUCUCAAGUCUGUUUUAACAUCGCAUUUUUUGGUGGAAGCUUUUCCAUGUUGGUUUUUCCAUCCAGUUUGCAAAAAGUUGGGAAUCAGCUUUGAAGUUCCAUUCCCCUCGUGGACCACCAUUUGUUUCCAUUUGGCGGUAUUUUUCGUGUUGGAAGACGCAUGGCAUUACUGGUUCCAUCGUGGAUUACACUAUGGUGUUUUCUACAAAUACAUUCACAAGCAACAUCACCGGUAUGCUGCGCCUUUUGGCUUGACUGCCGAGUACGCCCACCCAAUUGAGGUGAUGCUUCUUGGUUUUGGUACCGUUGGUAUUCCAAUUGUAUGGUGUAUGUUGACUGGUAGCUUGCAUCUUUUCACUGUUUGUCUCUGGAUCACCUUGAGAUUGUUCCAAGCUGUGGAUUCUCAUUCGGGUUACGAAUUUCCAUGGUCUUUACACCACUUUUUGCCAUUCUGGGCUGGCGCAGAUCAUCACGACGAGCACCAUCAUUACUUUAUUGGAAGUUACAGUUCUUCUUUCAGAUGGUGGGAUGCAGUGUUGAACACCGAGGCCGGUCCUGCUGGAAAGGCCAAGCGUGAACAAAAGAUGAAGCUGAGAGCGGAGAUGGCACAGAAGAAGCAGAUUUAA